AUGCGAUGUGCUGCCGAAGCAGCAAGAAAAGCGGUUGCACGCAUGCUUGCAGCCGAAGAGAAUUCUUCUUUUGCUUCAGCAGCAGGUGGUCCUUCGUCCGCUGUCGCUAUUCAGCAACAGGCGGUUCCUGUUGCGAACAGUCCACGUGGUGAGUCAUCACGUGCGACAGGUACAUCUGCUGCGUCUGCAGCGGGUACCUCGAAUCUUAAUCAAGACGAGUCUGUGAUAGAGCUUAUCAAUUCCGGCGAGUCGGAUGAUGCAUCCGUCUCGAAGGCGACACCUCACGCCUCCGGAUCAUCUGGGGUGGACCACACAAGAGCCAGAUUGUCUGUCCCUGGGGAACGUGGCGGCAUCAUGUCCAGGAUCUCCGGACCGAGCGAUUCAACCGACGAAUCCUCGUCUCACGCGAAUCCUCGUCUCACGCGAAUCCAGCUGACGAUAAAACGCGUGGGGACGGUGGUGAUGCACCUGUACAUCACCACUAGCGAAGUAAUUCGAGAGAUCGGGCUGCCACUGGUGUCAUUGCUCAUGCUGACAUCCCUCAAGAGGCCAGGGACCAAAAUGUCCUGCGCCAUUGUCCUCAAGUGA